AUGUCUUCCACAUCAUAUCGAGUUAAUGAAUUUCUUGAAAGAGCUAAAAGACUUUCUCAAGAGCCAAAGGCUUCUGUCUUUGCCCAGUCAUUGCCUAAGUCCGAACCUUCCACUAUCAGGAAGAUGCCUCAACAAAUGCCUAUAGUGCCCCAAAAAUCAGCAGAAGCAUCUCAUAGUUUUGCUUCUACAUCAUGAGAAACUCCUCCUCUAUCUCAAAGAAGUCCAACUAUGUCGCCUUCUCCUUUUUCUCCUUUAAAGUCUCCCAGGUUUCCAAGAACCCUACCACCAAGAUUAACCCAAUCCCCUAAGCCUCGAGAAUUAAUGAAUUCAUCUCGAGCGUCUCCGAAACCCAAAGCAAGCACAACUCGAGGCAUUUCAAACACCCUAGAAUCAUUGAUAACAGAGAUUUUAAGUACAAAAAAGGCAUCAAAAAAGCAUAGAGAAAAUUCAAAAGAGAACGAAUCCAGGGCACUCAACCUAUUCAAAACCGCGAUCUCCAAAGAAAAAGAAAAGAUCGUUAUCGAUCCUCAGACAAAAGCAAUACAAGAAUUGUAUGAAAAGAAAACACAAAAGUUUUUAAAUGCCAUCGAAGAAGAAGUCCAACAAAUGAGCAGAAGAUUAAAAGAAGCUCAAGAAGAAAAUAAGCGACUUAAGCAAGAAGCAGCAGAAAAAGACUUUUCAAAAGAAAAGCCCUAUUUUCAAGACCUUAAUACUUCGAGAAACUCAAACUAUGAUGCAACUGCAUCGUCAAAAAUCAUGAAAGAAGCUAAAAAUGAACCUUUAAAUCGAUUUGAAGAAUUAUCUCAAGACAUCGCUGAUAUCAAAAGAAGUUAUGGGAGAAAUUACGCGAAAGAUAUAGAAAAUGCAGUUUUGAAGUGAUAUAGCAAUUUAGACUUGGAAAAUGAUGGGUAUCAACAUCUAAAAACUUCAUUGUGCAAGAAGAUUAACGAGCUGGAUGAGGAAAGACUUUCUACAGAAGAAAAUGCCAAUGCACUUCUGGCAGGCGAAGAGAAAAAGAUUGCUGACCUUGAGCUUGCUAUAAGAGUUCUAGAAAUGAGAAGUCAUAGCCAAAGCACCGAUAAGUUCAUGGAGGUUAAUGCAGAGAUGUGUGACGCUGUGGUUGGAAACAAAGAAGUAUUAAUUCGCAAGCUAGCCAAUACAGUCCUUCAAAAUGUUUACAACGCAGCUGUGGAAACUCGAUUUAGAUUAAACUAA